CCGCCUCACAUGCGUCCCUCAUAAAACUACGGAACAGUUAUCUCUUCAGAAAUGCCUCUGCAUCCGUCUCCGCGGCUCCGAUGCGACCAGUCACAAACUUGGAGUGGCCUAUCGCCCACCUUUAGCUGCUACAGAAUGGUUGUGGCUCUGGAAUGCAGCCCUACUCGUCGCAGGGGACUUCAGUUUCCCGGAGAUCGACUUCGCCUCUGGUCAGCACGCCUACGUAAUUCUUGCCACGAUCUAACAGAACACACACCGCAGUUCACUAAGUGGCGAGAAGGGCAAAACCCGUCGAAACUCGAAUUGUUGCUCACUAACGAACCACAUCUAAUUGAUGAGAUAAAACUGUUAUGGGGACCCAACGUCCCCAUAAUGAUCAUAAGCUUAAACCACGGAAAGCAAUCAGAUUCGAUUCAGACGAGUGCAUACGUCUCGAUCAGUCUUUCGACUCGUGAGACAUUCACGUUUAGAUUGGGCAUAGAAAAAGGAACUGAACCGCUCAGCACCGUCAUUUCACACACCUGACUCCGAUGGCUGGGCUACGUGUUGCGUGUUGUGAUAGGCGUAAUACCAGUUUCUUUUACGGCAGCCAGCUGUUAGCUCUCCGGUACGAUGUCCAUCCGUUACUGGGGACUCACCGGGCGUGCCACUGUUUUCCUUUUCUUGUCUUUUGUAUUGCGGCACAAUAGCUGAGGUGUUUUCUAUCUCCAGCUAACGUGUAAUGAUGAGAUGAUGACGUGUUGCGCAUGCCAGCCCACCGACUUUCACGACGUGCGUUGUUUGCUCGCCGGGGAUGUGGAUAGAAGAGGAGGCGUGGCCAAGCGAUGACUUGGUUCAGAGGAAUGAAGACCCUCACUUCUGAGCUGGCCUCGGUUGGAGCGUCACGGCUCCCUGGUUGGGGUCCAAAAGACAGUGAACACGUUUGGCUGGAUACACUUGCUGAUAUGGCUAGGAGCCGACCUCAGUGGCGUUCCUGCUGUGAGUUUCUAUGUCCUUCUCCAUUUCUUUCAAACUCCCUCU